AUGACAAAAGGAGACCGCUUCGAGGCAGGAUCAGUGAGCGAGACAGCACCCUCGUUUCAACGCUGGCACGACACCUGGGAUGAUUUCUUCAAGAACUUACGGCAGUACGAGGCGCAGACGUCGCAGCUUUACCGUAUUCGCACUUGUACAAGGGUUUCUACUCGAAAUGACAAGAUUAGGAAGAAGAAGAAGUUGAGGGAGGGCGGGCUCGUGCCUGAAUGCUUUGGAGACUACUACAAGAAGCUGCUCUGUAUGCAUGGCUGGGUUUCUCGCUGUCCUACAACCAAUAGCUGGAGAAUCUGUGUUACUACGCACAACAGAACCCACAACCACCGACUUCGAAAGGAAGUUUACGCGAACUACCCUUCGACAAGGCGUGUUAUGGAUCCUGACGUCCUCGACUUCGUGGACGAGCUGAUCAAGGCCAAUCCAAACCAAAGAGGAUUCUCAAAUAUCUCCAAGAGACGACAGGGACAAUACAUUCAGCUUUCGCUGGUAGAAAAUGAUAGUCACGCUUGCAUGAAGGAUGCCAUUGAAGCCCUCAAGGAAGGAGUUCCUCUUGGCUCGAGUCUUGAUCUGCCACUUCCAUCUACAAAAAAAUACCUGCGCACUGAGAUGGCAAAGGCGGUGUACGGUGGGCGUAACGCGGUAGACGUGGAUCGAGUGGAGGAUGCUGUGGAUAUGAUGGCGACCACAAAGGGCAAGGACGAGUAUGACCGAGGCCUUCGUUAUAUGUACUACAUUCUGAAUGGUUUCGAUGAGCAGAGCGAACUACCAAAGCCGAAGCACCCUCUUCUUGACUAUUUUAUGCAAAAUUGA